AUGAAACAACAACAGCAACCACCAUACUCCUCACAGAUGUAUCAUCAUCAUCAUCACUUGUCGACAACAGGCCGAGAUCGAGCCAUAUCUUCUCCAGCGCCUUUGCAAACUUUAAAAACGACAACCAUUCGUAGUACAAUAUUGCAUUCAAAUCCAACGACAUCCUUCGAAAAUCAUCGUGACGAGUUUUCACAAGAUCACAUGAUGCAAGAGGAUGAUGAUGACGACGAUUUCUCCAAUCAAAUGAAUGAUACUGCGCAGGUACCAGCAAGCUCUUCUUCUGAAAUGGUGGAGGAUGAUUCUAUAUCAAUGGCAACCACAACGAUUGCAAAUCCACAAUCAUCAUCACCCUCGUCAUCACGACGUUUUUCCCUUCCUUCAUCAUCAGAUUUAAUGAACAUGCCUUUCUAUCGUCAACAAAAGAUCGAUCACUUCCAACAAUGGUAUGGACUCUAUGGAGAUUACAUUGAUAAUGACAAUGAUCUCAUCCCGUUAUCCAGUGGAAUUUUUGCUCAACAACAAGUCGAGUUGAAAGAUAUCACGGGAAUGAAAGUCCUGUCGUCACACGAAUGUCAACAACAAUGCGAAAUAUUAAUGAGAGAGUUGAAGGACCUCCCAGUCGAUCUAAAUUUGCAUGUCUAA